AUAGCUCUUUGUUUCCACAGUCCGUUGACUAGAAAAAGAAACUGUCUUAAUCAUGCUGUCCCGAGAGGGUCAGGGAUUCCUCCGCUUCGGGUUGUGUCUCUGGUGGUGUGUAUUCACCCCUUUCUUUAAAGGCUGUGCAGCCUGUGCAUCCGAGGAGAGGCUCUUUCACAAACUGUUUGCUCAUUAUAACCAGUUCAUCCGGCCCGUGGAAAACGUUUCUGACCCGGUCACAGUGCAUUUUGAAGUGGCCAUCACGCAGCUGGCCAACGUGGAUGAAGUAAACCAGAUCAUGGAAACCAAUUUGUGGUUACGUCAAAUCUGGAAUGAUUAUAAAUUGCGCUGGGACCCAAUGGAAUAUGAUGGCAUUGAGACUCUCCGUGUUCCUGCAGAGAAGAUCUGGAAGCCUGACAUUGUUCUCUACAACAAUGCUGUUGGCCACUUCCAAGUUGAAGGCAAGACGAAAGCUCUUCUUAAAUACGAUGGCAUGAUAACCUGGACUCAACCAGCUAUCUUUAAGAGUUCCUGUCCUAUGGAUAUCACUUUUUUCCCUUUCGACCAUCAAAAUUGUUCCCUGAAAUUUGGUUCCUGGACCUAUGACAAAGCUGAAAUUGAUCUUCUAAUCAUUGGCUCUAAAGUGGACAUGAAUGAUUUUUGGGAAAACAGUGAAUGGGAAAUUGUCGAUGCUUCUGGCUACAAGCACGACAUAAAAUACAACUGCUGUGAAGAGAUAUACACAGACAUAACCUAUUCUUUUUACAUUAGAAGAUUGCCAAUGUUUUACACCAUUAACCUGAUUAUCCCGUGUCUCUUUAUUUCAUUUCUAACUGUGUUGGUCUUCUACCUUCCUUCUGACUGCGGCGAAAAAGUGACACUUUGCAUUUCGGUUCUGCUCUCUCUGACUGUGUUCUUGCUGGUGAUCACGGAAACCAUCCCAUCCACGUCUCUCGUGAUCCCCCUGAUGGGCGAGUACCUGCUCUUCACCAUGAUCUCCGUCACCCUGUCCAUCGCGGUGACGGUGUUUGUGUUGCACAUCCACUACCGCACCCCGACCACACACACCAUGCCCACGUGGGUGAAGGCACUCUUCCUCCGGCUGUUACCCCAGGUCCUGAUGAUGAGGAGGCCUCUGGGCAAGAUGAGGGAGACAAGGUCUGAUAAAGUGGUCUCCAGUAGGCCUGCCAAAAUCAGAUCUGAUCAUCGCAGAGAGCCCAAGCUUCUUGAAGAAUGCCGCCACUGUCGUAAGUCCAGUGAGCUUGCCACCAGCAAGGGCCAAUUAAGUCACCAGCCUUUACAGUGGAUGACUGAGAAUUCGGAGCCCUCGCCUGAAGUCAGAGAUGUGAUUGAUAGCGUUCAAUUCAUAGCGGAAAACAUGAAGAACCAAAAUGAGACAAAGGAGGUAGAGGAUGACUGGAAGUACGUGGCCAUGGUGGUGGACAGGGUCUUCCUGUGGUUGUUUAUAAUCGUCUGUGUGUUUGGAACUGCAGGGCUGUUCCUCCAGCCACUCCUGGGGAACACAGGACAUUCGUAAGAUGGAUUUUCCCUUUAUCUUCAGAAACGUACCAGACACUGUGUUUGUUCUCUGUUCCCCACCACAAGGAAAGGACUAGAAAGCUUCCCACCAAGUUCCCAUCCAGAUGGAAAAAGAGGACUUUACUGCCAGUUAGGAGCCUGGUUGCCCUCUCCAGGGCACAGAGGGGUACCUUGAGAUCCCAGUGUCCGGGAUCUGAUGCUAGAGCCCAGUGCUGGCAGUGCCCGCAGGCUUCUCUUGUCUGUACACGUUUGACUUCUGGGGACAUGAUCCACCCACUGUACAGCGAACCGUGGAUCAAAGUCAAGCCACGCUAAAGCAUUCUAUUGCUUUUCCAGUUCAUGUGCUUCUCCGUAUAGUGACGCCCGCCAGACGUGAAACUCUGGACCUUGGACUUGCUGACCUCCGCAUCAGCUGUGAACUUGUGUACGUUUGCUUUCUCCUGCAUGUCUCUGUGAUGAACAGCACGCACUGUAGCAUUAUUUGGUACAUGAAUUGAUAAAAAAUAAAGAAGACAGCCUACCCAGCAGGCUGUAUGUA